GUGGGGGCGGGACUCGGGAGGGCGGCAGGCUGAGGGGGAGGGGUCAGCGCCGCGGCCCGGCACCCCCGGCGCGGGAGAGGCGGCGGCGGCGAUGAUGAUGAAGCAGCGAGACGUGCGCAUUCUCCUAGUGGGGGAGGCCCGGGUGGGGAAGACAUCGCUGAUUAUGGCUCUGGUGGGCGAGGAGUUCCCUGAGGAGGUGCCCCCUCGUGCAGAGGAAAUCACAAUCCCAGCCGACGUCACACCUGAGAAAGUCCCCACCCACAUUGUGGACUACUCAGAAUCGGAGCAAACGGAGGAUGAGCUGCAGGAAGAGAUCGCCAAGGCCAACGUGGUCUGCGUGGUGUACGAUGUCACCGUGGAAGCCACAAUUGAGAAGAUUCGGACAAAGUGGAUUCCCUUGGUGAAUGGGGGAGUUGAAAAGGGUUCCAGAAUCCCAAUCAUCCUAGUGGGAAACAAGUCUGACCUACAGUCUGGGAGCUCCAUGGAGAUCAUUCUGCCCAUCAUGAACCAGUUUUCUGAGAUAGAGACCUGCGUGGAGUGUUCAGCCAAGAACUUAAAGAAUAUCUCUGAAUUGUUCUACUAUGCCCAGAAAGCGGUUCUGCACCCGACAGCCCCCUUGUACGAUCCAGAGGAGAAACAGCUGAGACCGACGUGUGCACGAGCACUUACACGGAUUUUCAACAUCUCAGACCAGGAUAACAACCAGAUCCUAAGUGACGAUGAGCUCAACUACUUCCAGAAGUCCUGCUUUGGGAAUCCCCUGGCCCCCCAGGCCCUGGAAGAUGUGAAGACAGUUGUGUGGAAGAACACCACGGAUGGGGUGCAGGACAAUGGCCUGACGUUAAACGGCUUCCUCUUCCUCAACACCCUCUUCAUCCAGAGGGGGCGGCACGAGACCACCUGGACCAUCCUGCGCCGCUUCGGCUACGCUGAUGAGCUGGAGCUGACGGAUGACUAUCUCUACCCACUGUCCGCGUUGCCCCAGGGCUGCUCCACGGAGCUUAAUCACUUUGGAUACCAGUUUCUGCAGCGGAUGUUUGAGAAGCACGACAAGGACGGAGAUGGAGCCCUCUCACCUGUAGAACUACAGAGCUUCUUCAGUGUCUUCCCCUAUGUGCCCUGGGGACCUGAAAUCUACAACACGGUAUGCACCACUGAUAAAGGCCUGCUUUCACUGCAUGGAUUCCUCUGCCAAUGGACGCUGGUAUCCUAUCUGGAUGUCCAUCACUGCCUAGAGUACUUGGGUUACUUGGGCUACCCUGUCUUCUCUGAGCACAACUCUCAGACACAGGCAAUCACAGUUACCCGGGAGAAGAGAAUUGACCUGGAGAAGGGUCAGACCCAGAGGAAUGUCUUCCUCUGUAAAGUGAUUGGCCCCAGGGGCACGGGCAAAUCUGCGUUUUUGCAGGCCUUCCUCGGGAGGAACCUGGCUGCACACAGGGAGUCCCCGGGAGAGCUGUCCUUCUAUGCAAUCAACACUGUCCAAGUCAGUGGCCAGGAAAAGUAUUUAAUAUUGUAUGAGAUUGAUGUGGACACAGAGUUCAUGAAGGCGUCGGACGCGGCGUGCGAUGUUGCCUGCUUAAUGUACAACGUGAAUGAUCCCAAAUCUUUCAACUAUUGCGCCUGUAUUUAUAAGCAACACUACAUGGAUGGACAAAUUCCCUGCAUCUUCGUCGCUUCCAAGUCAGACCUGCCAGAAAUGACUCAGCAGCAUGGACUCUCGCCUGUUGAGUUCUGUUACAAGCAUCGCCUGCCGCCACCAUUCUACUUCACCUGCAACAGCCCUGGCCUGCCCAGCACCACCAUCUUUACCAAGCUGGCCACAGCAGCUGCCUUCCCUCACCUGAACGACACUGACCUGGGAGCUGCUUCCUUCUGGCUCAGGGUAGCCUUGGGAGCCAGUAUCACGGCUAUGGUAGGAUUUGCACUUUACAAAGCACUGGCAAAGAGCAAAUAAGGAUGAAGAGAACUGACCUUUUCCCCCCUCCUGCUCCCCGUCCUAGUGCUUACCUAAGACAGACACCAGCUUCCUUCUCAUACUGUAAUGCAUCCAGGUAGGUGGGAUCAAACAGGCCCUGCCUGGACCCCAACAAGGAAAUUCCUUCCUCCUCCAGACCUGAUUACAGCACCAGCAAAGCAGACCCACAAACAGGAUCCUCCAGACCUAAUGACACCAACCAGCAUGAUCAAGAAUGUCGUUCUCCUCUACACUUUCAACAUACCCAUCACUAGGGGUUGACUCCGAAUGCCCCAUUGCUCAACGUUACCCUCAGUCCACUCUGCCGUGGGAAUGUCAUGGUCUCCACUUGCCAUGUCUGAGCAUCUGCAGAGCCUGGAGUCCAGUCUCCCUGGAGCAUUGAGGGGGUCACCUGUCUCUCUUUUAAUAUUGUUUUUAAGACCAUCUCAGACUUGAAACAAACAACGUGCCCUGGGAAAGCUGUACAUAUCUUUCAGACCAGAGGCAGCAGCAAUCACGCCUGUCCAGUCUUUUAUUCCCAGGGAAAGUAUCAUUUUAUAUCAUAGUGUGGUUCAUGGGGACUUCCUGGAGCCCGCAGGACUCUGCAAGCACCAGAGUUGUGUUUUCUCUCCUCUGGGGUGGAGUUGUGCAAUGAGCUCGCGGCCCUGUCCCUAUAGCACAAGGUCUAUCAGGAAACAAUGGACAAACUUAGACUUAAGAAGCCUAGGCUACUUAAAAGAAUGUAUUGUAAAAGGUGCCACGCAGAGGGGGAUUUACCCAUCGUGCUCCUUGCCGUCUAGUAGCCAUCUAAUGUCUCCUGGUAUUUAUUGGCAUAUCCUUGUGUUGACUGCUGGCCAAACCCUGUUGUGAGCAGUUGUCCUGAAUACCUCCUUACCUUAGAGGCAUUGUGACUCUCCAAGCUGCCGGAGUUUAGCAAAGCUGCACUUCUGGAAGCAUUGUCUCUUACAAGGUAUUCCAGGGACCCUUCUGCCCUUUCCACAUGUCCAGGGAUGUCAUCCGGUUCAAGUUAAUAUCGGAAGCCUUUACAAUGGUCACCAGCAACCCCCUUAGAUUAGUAAAAGGGAGCCUUUGAAAACCUCAUCUACUACUUAAAUAUUCCUGCACUUCACUUGGCUUUGGGCAAUGAAAAUUGCUUAGUUACUUACCCUUUCUGGCUUUCCUGCACUAGCUCAAGGCUGCCGUUUUGGGGUUGCAAACACUGCAGGGGUAGAGCGGUUUGGAUUGGAACCUGCCUGCCUGUUUUCUGUGACUUUUACGUUCAAUGUCAUGAAAUGACUUUUUAAUAGUAGGCUUUUUCAGAUUUUUUUAAAAUUUUCAUUUGGGUCUAACCUACCGGUGUCCCUGUAAAAGACCCUGCAUUGUGACAUCACUCCAGUGUCGGCCAGAGGCAGUCAGUCACUAGAAAGUGAUUUCCAGGUGCUCACUGCCUGCCUGCUCAGCCAAGCUUCCUAGCAGCUGCUUUUGUUAUAUCUGUUCCAGCCAGUACCACCAUGCACAGGUAUGGGGGAUUGCUGCCUGGCAGAUCUUUCACCCACUUGUCCCAUGCCGCCUUUCACAAGGCCGUUUCCCCCUUUCCUACCCCAUCUCACUUGGGUCACCAGUAUUAAUAGGCAUCAUGGGAGGUGUGUUAACCUGGGCAAGGAUGGCAUGUUUGGCAGCGUGAUAUACCGGCUGAUUAAGCAAAGGACUGAUGUGCCUGAAUUCACCGUUAGAAAUGUGGGGUUGGUAUACUACCUGCACAGUGUCAAACCAAUACCGUAAUGUUCCUGUGUCAGCCGCAGUCCCUGAUGGAAUUUGUGCCGUUAGUGUGGAUGCUCAGCGACUGGGUAUUGUGCAGCUAAGUAGUCGUUGUCAGUACUGCAUGGCCAUGGUUUGAGCAGGGCUCUCCAGCGGCACACAAUACUUUGUAUACGUAGCUUUCACUGUUGAGUCUCCUGGAAGUUCCUUGAACUGGAAGUUUUGCUUUCUCUGACACCCUGGCUUUUUCUGAUCCAAAGUGGUUAACUGGCAGAUGCAGGGGCUGCCAGCCCCUUGCUGCUCCUUCUCUGGUACAGACACCAGCUCCCAUUUCAUUGGCCUAGCACAAAGCCCCAGCGGGACUAGCUGAAGACCGUCCCAGGGGUAAGGACCAUCUUCUCCACCAGCUAAUCCAGGCCUGUCUCUGCUUUCCUCACCUUCCAUCUGCAUAAAGUUUCCACUCUGUUUAUGACUUUUGAUGGAGAGCUGGAGAAAAACAUAGUGUUGAUUCGGGAAAUCCCGCUAGCACUUCAGCCUUUGGUGCGCACUCAGGGCAGGCUUGUGUACAGUAUCCUUGUGGGAUGACCUGACGGAAGAUGUACUUGUUUCCUAUAUGCUUGUCUAUAGUUUAAACUAGUUUUGGGCUGAAGGCUGGGCUUAUAGCAGGAGCGUGCAUUUAAAUUCUUUUGUGUAGGGGGUCCUCUGGUGACUGAGUACAAUGUCUUCCUCCUUAACUGGCUUGCUGGGGUGGGCAUUGGGCUGGCUCCCCAGUCUGGGGGCAAUGCAUCUCAGACUCUUCAGGCUGGACCUGCUCCAGUGGCCUUCUGAAGGAGCUCAGCACGGCCCCCAUCCUCUCUGAUUCUUGGUGGUGGGUAACGUUUGUGCUUGUCGAAGUGGCUCCUGCUGCGGAGCCUGUCUCUCCGAGCUGAGGCAGAGAAGGGUGGGUGGGGGGAUUUUGAACUUGUGGCAUUGGUUUUGCGGUGUGGAGCCUGUGGCUGUAGCCUAAGUCUCCUCGCCAGGGGGUGGAGGAAGAGCACCUACCGGCUGCCAGACACACCUGUGCUGGGUGCUGUUGCACAGAUCAGCGAGUCGCCAUGCUUGCAUGGCUCUGCAGCACAGAGCUGACUGGUAGUGAGUGCCCUCCCUCAGGCCAUGGGGCUUUGGCUAAAUCAAGGCAAAGGGCUCCAGAGCAUUUCUGUUUUUAACCAAGCCACGUUCCCCUUUUUCAGUGAACUUUGAGUGCUCACAUGGUGCAGAAGCCUUUGCCAGAGAGCCCUCCUGUCAUGCUCCAGGCUGCCCCACAACAGCAGGGAGCGGAAUUCAGCUAGCAGUGCCCAGCUGUCUCUGUCCUUGGGGCUUGCUGCGGCUGAGAGGAGCUGGCUCUUUGUAAGUGUCCAUGUGAGGUGCCGUCAGCCCACCAGUGGCCUGGGAUUGAGCUUUCUCUAGGAGUCAUUCUCAUGACAGCUGCCCUCCUGGUUAAAAUGGAGGGCACAGUUCUGUGGCUUUUCCCCCGCCUUGUUCCCUUUCCCACCUCUCAUUGCAGGUGGAAGUAAUGUUGAUCCCGUCAUACAGUGGAAUCUGCACAAUCUUCUGUCUGGAGUAUUUUUUGGGCCCCCAGAAGCCAUGUUGGCUGUGCUGGGAGGGUCGGGUCCACUUCAAGUUUCCCAUUUCACUGGCCAUUCCCCAGUCCUGGUUUGAGUCUGUUAAGUCUGUGGUGGCCUCCUGUCACAGCCAAGACCCAAAUAUGGCAUAUUCUAUAUGAGAAACACUGUAAUGAAGUGCAGAGGCUGGAAGGCCAUUGGCUCUUGACAUUUUUCCAGUGACAGUCCAGAUCCUAUAAAGCCAUAUGAUUUUAUCAGAUAAAUUCUGUAAAAAAAUACAUUUUUACGCACCUUC